GCCUGGCUGUUCAGCACGAGCCCAUCUGAAGCCAGUCGGUUCUGUGCCACGCGCCCAGGGCCAGCAGCACCCCACCCCGGGGCGGCUCUGCGGACCUUUGCUUCUCGAGUUGUGUUUCCAAGCCGAGCACAGGCAGCCGGACGCCUUACGCCGGAAGUUGCAAGGCCUCUGUAGAAGGAUGGCGGGGGAGCGGGUCCCGGUACCGCGGCUCGAGGGCGUCUCUGCAGAGCAUUUUAUGCAGCAUCUCUACCCACAGAGAAAGCCUCUUGUGUUGAAAGGGCUGGAUCUGGGGCCCUGUACAAGCAGGUGGACUGUGGAUUACCUAAGCCGCGUUGGAGGCGAGAGAGAAGUGAAGAUCCAUGUCUCGGCCUUUGCACAGAUGGACUUCAUUAGUAAGAACUUUGUGUAUAGAACUUUACCUUUUAACAAGUUGGUGCAGAGGGCCGCUGAAGAAAAGCAUGAAGAAUUCUUCAUUUCGGAGGAUGAGAAAUACUACUUACGGUCACUUGGAGAAGACCCUAGAAAGGAUGUUGCAGAUAUCAGAAAGCAGUUUCCUUUGUUAGAAAGAGAUAUCAAGUUUCCAGAAUUCUUCAAGGAGGAGCAGUUUUUCUCUAGUGUUUUUCGAAUCAGCUCACCUGGAUUACAGCUCUGGACUCACUAUGAUGUGAUGGAUAACUUCUUAAUACAAGUGACGGGAAAAAAGCGCAUUAUACUGUUCAGCCCUCGUGACGCCCAGUUUUUGUAUUUGACAGGUUCUAAAUCAGAAGUGCUAAACAUCGAUAAUCCUGACGUGGCUAAAUAUCCACUCUUCUCCAAGGCCCGAAGGCAUGAAUGUGUCCUUGAAGCUGGUGAUGUGCUGUUCAUUCCCGCUUUAUGGUUCCACAAUGUAAUUUCCGAGGAGUUUGGAGUGGGAGUGAAUAUCUUUUGGAAGCACCUUCCGUCUGAGUGCUAUGAUAAAACAGACACUUACGGAAACAAAGAUCCGACAGCAGCAUCAAGAGCUGUACAGAUUUUGGACAGAGCCCUGAAAACACUGGCGGAGUUACCCGAGGAAUACAGGGACUUCUAUGCUCGGCGAAUGGUCUUACACAUUCAAGACAGAGCCUACAGCAAGAACUUUGAGUAAAUAAGGAAGUGAAUGCGAAUGCAGUGAAUAUAAAUCUUACAAUAAAAUUUAGUUGAAAUCCUGGAAGAGAAUAACAAUGUAAGUUAAUUUUUAAAGAUUGAUGCUUUGUUCAAACUGGAACAGUAACUCAGAAUCUCAGAUUUACAUAUUAAAUAGGCAUGUGGGCGGGUGUUUUCCUGGUUUCUGCUAGCUGCGGAUUCAGAAGUAAAGAACGCUGCACCAAGACCACUCUGGAGCUUUAAGUUGCAAGUAACAAAAUUCAACUUCAAGUGACUUUAAACAAAAUAUAUUGAAUCAGUCCACGAAGUCUGCUUUAGAGAAGGCUUCAGUGUUCUCAGUCCCGUGGCUCAGUGACAUCACCAGAAACGUUCCCCUUCAUUUUCCCCCCAGCAUCGGCACAUCCAAGGCCAGCUGCCCUCCUGGUCCUGGAUGGUGGCCAGUCGCACUCGGGGCCUUGCACGUCUUCAUUUGCAUGCAGUGCGGGAGCCUGGCUGUGUCCCAGGGCCCUGGCCUGGCAUGGAGCACUUUCCCAGGAUUGCCACCGAAUCUUUGGGGCUCCCUGCUGGCAAGGGUCAGACCUGCCAGCUCCAGGGUGGUCACUGGCAGAGGGUCUGAAAUGCCUGUGGGCACUGCAGUAGACGCCUGCUUCAAGGAACCGGUAGAGAAGAGGGCAGAGUGGGCGAGUUUCAGAACCAAGAUUCUGGUAGCAAAAGGAAAGGGGAGGCCCACUGAGAGCCUUGUCACCUCCGUUUGCCUGGACCCAGAAUCUUCCAAGGCAAGGCAGGUUUACAGACCAGACGCCAACUCCCACCACGGAGUAUAAGGUUGGAACAGUGUCCGGCAGGCCUGUGUUUGUGAGUGCGGGUGGCACAGUCACUGGGUAGAUGGUCCUGAUUUGGAUUAGAUUUGUGAUUUGUCCAAAGCAAAAUGUUUGCUCUCAUUCUGGUUUUUCCACUGACCAGUAUGUCGGGUCUGCUGUUUUUGUCAGCUGUAGUUUAUACCCAUGUCUAAACUGUGGCCUGAAGUCUUCCUCCAGAAACACUUUUUCACCUAUUCCUUUUUAAAAGAAGUGUUUUUAGUUUAAAGGGUGAAUGAGAGCCUAAUGAUGUUGUCUUGAAGACAGUGAGCCACUGUGUGUGGAUCUGUGCUGCUGUUUCACGCUUCCUAAUUGUGCUCAGGUCACCAGAUGCAUUCCCAGAACAGAGGUGUGCUCAGAAGCACUCUGCGUGCCUCCUCUCUGUGCAUGGUAAUUGUUAGGGACGUUGUACUACACUGAUGAUAGUCCACUUGUUCGUGUCCUGUUUGUGGUUGGAUUAAUUUCAGGCAUAAAAAAGCAAAUUACAAUAAACAAGGGUAUAUUAAAAAUUAUUUUUCUAA